GGCCUGAAAAUCAGACUAUUACGCGCGCAACUGGGGAUUCCCCCUUUCCUUCGCUCAGUUUCGACCCACCCAAUUCAAUUGUCAAUAGUCGCCAUUUCUCUGCUAGAAAUGUGCACGCACUGCCACGUCACCUCGUUUCCGAGUUAGAUUCAGUGAUUGAUCUUACUGAAUUUUAAGAUCUUUCUUCUGUUACAGAUUUGGAUUUAAGGCUGUCGACGACUAGUCCGAAGAAGACUGCACCAAAGAAGAGAAAAAGAGACCAAAAGCUUCAGUUUUGGAUCAUCGAGGGUUUUCCGCUGAGAUUACAUCUGGCUCCUAGCUCCUAGUCCUUCCUAGCUCUGAUCGCUUCUAGUAUGGCCCAUGCCUAUGGGGAAGGUUGAACAAUGUCAGUUUUUAUAAGAAUGACCCACUAGAUGGUUAUUUCUGUCUAGUCGACGACAUGAUGCUGUCUUUGUAAACGUGACCAGACUGAAACAAGGUAUUGUUGCCCAGCAUUGUCAUCACCAUUUCCCAGAGAACUACAUUUCUGUCGAGUGAAAAGGACACCUUACACCAUGGAUGGAUUCUGCCUUCUCUACCUGUUCCUGAUCCUAUUGAUGAGAUCUGGUGACGUUGAAACCAAUCCAGGUCCCAACACUGCAGAAAGUACUGUCACUGAAAUGGAGUUCUUGAAGCUGGCCCAGGAUAUCCAUCCAUCUUACUACAAUGCUGUAGGGAUAUCUCUAGGGAUACCCCAUGCUCAACUACAGGUAAUCCUGGUUGAGAAUUUGAAGAACUACACCAAUGCGUUACUGGAUGUGUUUAUGAAAUGGAAUGUCAUGCAGCAACCUCCACACUCAAACAAACGACAGGUUUUGGCAGACAAACUUCGAGAGAUUGACUUGGGUGGCCUUUCAGACAGAUUACUCAAUGGACCUCCAAUUCCGAACAUCACAGGAGGGCCAUCAAGACUGCUAGACUCUCAGACCAAACCUCCUUCAGCUGAAUCUCAGAACAAACCACUUUCUCCUGAACUGGUUGAGCGGUGUGCAAAGGAUUUCAAGUUCAAGUACAGGUCAACUCUCUGUAAGAUCAGAGCUGAUCCUCUCAAGCCUUCUUCUCUUGUGGGUUUUGAAAAACUACAUACAAAUCUUGUAUUGGAAGAAGAGGAUGGAACUGGCAAGCGAACAAUUGAUUACAACAAUUUUCUUGAUCUCAAAGUCAAUGGAGAGUUCCCCAAGCGGAUAAUUGCUCAGGGAGAGGCAGGGGCUGGAAAAACUACAUUUUGUGCUAAGAUUGCCUGGGACUGGAUUGAAGGGAGGCAUUUCAGUCACUUUGUGUGGGUCUUGAUCGUUCCUCUCCGUGAAUAUAAGGAAUACACUAUUGGGAAGAUCGCUAAGGCUUAUCUGGACAAAAGCAAUCCAGCAACGGUUUCCCAGAUAAAUGAGUAUAUCCGGUCAAAUCCUGACAAGGUAUUUAUCGCAUUUGAUGGGCUAGACGAAGUCAGUGUUAAAAUCUCACAGCCAAGUUUCACCUCCUCAGAGGCAUGUGGAAGAUCAUCUGAGACAUGUGAUAUUGGACUUGGAGAUAUUCUUUGUUCAGAUCAACUUGCCUCUUGCCCAGUCUUGGUGACCACUCGUCCAUGGAGAGCAGUAGAGAUUAGAUCAGAUGAUGAUCUAAUGAAACUCUACACAUUCAUUCAUGUUGAGGGUUUCAACAGAGAGAAUUUGUCAGUUUACAUUCACAAAUACUUUCCAAAUAAUGCUGAUAAAGCAAAUCAGCUUAUCCAGUUCACCAGUGAGAAUGAUGUCAUAUCUGAAAACAUGGCCCCCUAUCCUAUAUAUGUAGCCAUGUUGUGUCAUAUGUGGAAAGAACGUGACAAGCAUAAGCUAAAGGAAAUGAAAUCACUGAAAACGUUUUCUCAGAUAUUCAAAGAAAUGAUCGCCUUUCUAAAAGAACACUAUGCUCAGAAAGAAGUGAAGAAAGUAGGUAGCCCCUCACUCCAUGCCUAUUUGAAAAGAAUUGAUGAGCUCCUUGGACCAAUUGCCAAACAGGCCCUCAAUGGUCUACUAGAAAAUACCUUGGUUUUCGGUGAAGAUGAUUUCGAAAUAUGCCCAGAAUCCAAGGACGCUGCCUGUCGUGUCGGGAUUUUGUCUCAGGAGGACAAAACUACAGCUGAUAUGGAUACACAUGAGAGGAAUUCUCAUGUGCAAUUGCCAGUUUUCUUUCCUCACAAACUGUUUCAGGAGUACAUGGCUGGAGUCCAUCUUGCUUCCCUAUAUGAGUCAGAUCGUGAUGAAUUCAACAGGCUGAUUGAUCAAGUAGUGCUGCCAAAGGAGGAGGAGUUUAGGUAUCUACUGUACUUCACUGUGUCACAGAACAAAAGUAUUGCAACCUAUGUAAUUAACUCUAUGCUUCAAGGACUAUCGGUAAGGGAUUCAAAGAUAGUUAUAGAUUUUAUUGUUGAUGUAGCUUUUGAGAGUCAGGACCCAGAUGCUGCAGCCUUGGUGAAGGACAGGGUUUCAUCACUGAAUAUUGAGGUGGCCAUAUCCUCAUACACGACAGCACACACUGUAGCUGGUUAUGCUUUCAUUAGACCACUUGUGGUAAGUUUAAUCAUAGUUUGAUAAACAAAUUAGUUCAUCCAUUUUGGUACAAGUUCUUACUUUUAUACAUGUUGCACUUUUCUUACAGUACAACAGUAUACUUAUGGAAGGGUGCAUCUCGACCAGCACAUGUGCUUUUAUUUUCCCCCCUUUUACCAACCAAUAGUUUCUGUUCUUAUAUAUAAAUAUUAUUGUAUGAAAUGUAUUACUGUAUUGCUGUUGGAAAAGAAGUCAAAUCAAAGAGGUUUGAACAGUAAUAAUUUGGAAACUAGAACUGCAAUCGUAGAAUGAAAUGCAUGCAUUGAUGCCCAUAUUUCUAUUUUUUAAGCAGAUGAAUGAUCCUAUGUACACACGCUCGGCAAGGCACGUAUGAUUUUCUAUAUAAUUUGGCGUAUACGACCUUGUAUGCUAACAUACUAAUAUGUGACGCAUAUAGUGCAGGGUAUGAAAUGGCAUCUAAAACGUCCCGCUUGACAGAUUUUCAAAAUGAGACAAUGAGAUGCCCUGAGUUUGGCCCCCAGAAUAUACUUGCAAAAUUCCAAGAUAAAAAAUAAAUAAGAAAGGGGACAAAAUC